AUGCAGACAGAGGCACGUUUGGUCCUGAAGGCACUGGGCUUCAUCUGCCUGGUGGUGGUGGGCCUCCCCGCCAACCUGAGUGUACUGCUCCUCUUCUGCCGACUUCGUCUUCUCCGCAGCCGUGUGCCGCCCAAUGACUUCAUCCUCGGUAACUUGGCCAUCGUCAACCUGAUUGUCUUACUGUGCCGCGGUAUCCCCCAGACCCUGGUUGCCCUGGGCUUGCGUCAUUUUAUCAACGACCAAGGCUGCAAGGCUGCCAUCUUUACCUACCGCAUCGGCCGUGCCAUGUCGAUAUGUAUAACAGCUCUGCUGGGCUGCUACCAGAGCGUGAGUGUUGCCCCUGCCACGCCAUUUUGGAACUCCCUCAAGCGGUGGCUCCCUCCCCACCUGCCCCAUGCAAUCAUCCUUCUCUAUAGCCUUAACUUCCUGGUUUGCACGGGCUCAAUCCUAUUCUCUGAAUCACCACCUGCCAAUGGUUCCAUCCCAGAGUAUACCUUGAAUCUAGAGUUCUGCAUCGUGGUGUUCCCAGGUCUCCAGGCCUAUGUUGUCAAUGGGGUGGUAUACAGUGUACGGGAUGUGGUCUUUGUGGGUUUGAUGGUGUUGGCAGCAGCGUACAUGCUGCUGGUACUGUACCGACACAGGCAACAGGUCAAAGGACUGCGGGGGGCCAGCCAGGCAUCUGUGGGCGCCUCCCAAGCUGUGCUGCUACUAGUGUGUACAUAUGUAGUGCUUUUUGGCCUGGAGAAUGUGCUGUGGGGAUACACACUCUCCGUCUCCCGGGUCCUGCCCGCCAUCUCUGAUGCUCGUGUCUUCUUUGCCUCCUGUUACUCUGCUCUCAGCCCUGUUCUCAUCAUCGCCACUAACCGCAGGCUGGCAGGAAACUUCCGGUGCUUUACAUGUUCCAAAACAGCAGGGGGGGACUCUUCUGUGCCAGAGGACUCUAAAAUUGCUCAUGUAUCAGCGUGA